AAACGUUUGAGACUGUUAAAGUAUCAUGGCACAUACAGCUAGAAAAAAGGAUGAAAAGAAAGAGUUCUUUGACCCUCCUGAUGUACUAGAAAAGAAAGUGGAGCAACUGGCUCAAUGGAUCAGAGAGAGCAAACACAUGAUUGCUUUCACUGGAGCAGGUAUUAGCACAGCAGCUGGAAUUCCAGAUUUUCGUAGUGGAAUGGACACUAAACUAAGCACAGGCCCGGGUGUGUGGGAGCUUAAAGCUAAAGGAGUUGCAACUCGUGACACAAAACACAAAGUGACUGUAGCAGUCAAAGCAUUGCCUACACCAACACACAUGAUGAUAGUGAAACUGCAACAAGAAGGAAUAUUAAAGUGUUGCAUUAGCCAAAACACUGACGGACUUCACAGGAGGAGUGGACUACCUAGAGAAGCACUGGCAGAGUUGCAUGGUAAUACGAAUCUUGAAGUAUGCAAGAAGUGUGGACGAGAGUAUCUGAGGGACUUUCGGGUGAGGAAUGCCAAGAGAGUCAAAGACCAUCGAACAGGUAGAAAAUGUGACAAUCCAAACUGUCAAGGCAUCUUACGUGACACAAUAAUAAACUUUGGAGAAGACCUUCCAGACAGCGAGUUGACAAGAGGUACAGAAGAAGGUGAGGUAGCAGACCUUUGCUUAGCAAUGGGAUCUAGUCUCACUGUGACUCCAGCGGCUGACAUACCAGAGUGUGUUGCUGAGAGAGGAGAAAAGCUAGUUAUAGUUAACCUGCAAAAGACACCGUUGCACAGUAUGGCUGCACUAUGCAUUCAUGCUAAAUGUGAAGAAGUAUCCACAAUGGUAAUGGAGAAGCUUGGACUGCCCAUACCUGAGUUUAGACUGAAGAGAAGAGUAUUCAUUAAAGUGACACAAAGUACUAAAGGACCUUCUGAGGAACAGGUUUCUCUAUCAAUAGAAGGACAGGACAUGUAUGGAUUCUAUUUCUCAUUUCUAACUGGAGUUACAGUGUCUGUGGGUGAAAGACCCCAACAGUUGCAAGAGCCUUUCUUUAUCAGGUUUCCAUGGAGAGCAUCAGCUGGUGCCUCAUCAGAUGAAAUGAAGGCUCAACUGACGUUUCAUUUUCAAGGACAUUAUGGUGAACCACCACUUGAUAAAGAACUGAUUAUUAAAAAGGGAGUGAAAGAUAUGCAGCUCAAGUUAUUAUUGAUUUAUAAUCCAGAAACAAGAGAAUGGAGUGUAGAAGAUGAUGUUGCUGCUGCAGUAGUUCCAACUGCAAGCAUAAAGAAGCUAACACUCAAGGACAAAUAAUAAUUAAGUUACAUUGAAAAAAGUAAAAAAUACAACAAAUGCAAUAACAAUAGAUCAUGGCUUCAAAAUGAUUGAGAGUUCAUGUCUUUAAACAGACACAAACUAAAA